GUCCGCACGAGGCUGAGGGUAGUUGGUGUGCCGUCCGUCCGACGUGUUCGUUUCGCGUUAGCUGUUUUUGGGGGUAUCUUCGGUUUAGUAAAUUCAAGAACCAGCGAAUCGCGUGUGUCGUGCCCGGAACCGUCACCGGACCAUCUUUUGCGUGCAAACCCGCGGGCUCGGCUCGAGCUUCCCAAGCAGUCACCCUGUAUCUCCAACCGACCGUCGCCACCAUGAAUGGUUCCGGCUACGAGAUAAAUACAAACGGCGACAUCCUGCUACAGAACCAGCAGAAGGGCUGGUGGACGAUCGGACUGAUCAAUGGCCAGUACAAAUACAUGACGGCCGAAACGUUCGGCUACAAGCUGAACGCGAACGGGGCCAGCCUGAAGAAGAAGCAGCUGUGGACGCUGGAACCGUCCACCACCGGCGAUAGCAUCAUCUAUCUGAAGUCGCACCUGGGCCGCUACCUGUCGGUGGACACGUUCGGCAACGUGCUGUGCGAGUCGGAGGAGCGUGACGCGGGCAGCCGCUUCCAGAUCAGUAUCACCGACGACAACUCGGGCCGCUGGGCGCUGAAGAACGAGCAGCGCGGCUACUUCCUCGGCGGCACGCCGGAAAAGCUCACCUGCACGGCGAAGGCCCCGGGCAAGAGCGAGCUGUGGAGCGUCCAUCUUGCCGCUCGGCCGCAGGUUAAUCUGCGCUCCGUCGGUCGCAAGCGUUUCGCCCAUCUGUCCGACACGCAGGACGAGAUCCACGUCGACGCCAACAUUCCGUGGGGCGAGGACACGCUGUUCACGCUGGAGUUCCGUGCCGACGAGGACGGCCGCUAUGCGCUGCACACGUGCAACAACAAGUAUCUCAACUCGAACGGCAAGCUGGAGAACAAGUGCACCGACGACUGCCUGUUCUCGGCCGAGUACCACAGCGGCCAUCUGGCGCUGCGCGACCGGCACGGCCUGUACCUGUCGCCGAUCGGCUCGAAGGCGGUGCUGAAGUCCCGCUCGCAGACGGUGACGCGCGACGAGCUGUUCUCGCUGGAGGACUCGCUGCCGCAGGCGUCCUUCAUCGCCGCACUGAACAGCAAGUACGUGUCGGUGAAGCAGGGCGUGGACGUGACCGCCAACCAGGACGAGAUCGGCGAGAACGAAACGUUCCAACUCGAGUUCGACUGGUCCGCCCACCGGUGGGCGCUGCGCACCACGCAGGACCGCUACUGGUGCCUGUCGACCGGCGGCGGCAUCCAGGCGACCGGCAACCGCCGCUCGGCUGACGCACUGUUCGAGCUCGAAUGGCACGGCGAUGGGUCGGUGUCGUUCCGCGCCAACAACGGCAAGCUGCUGGCGACCAAGCGCUCCGGCCACUUGUUCGCGACGGCCGAGGCGAUCGAGGAGACGACCAAGUUCUACUUCUAUCUGAUCAACCGGCCGAUUCUGGUGCUCAAGUGCGAGCAGGGCUUCGUCGGCUACCGUGCGCCGGGCAGCAACAAGCUCGAGUGCAACAAAGCCAUCUACGAGACGAUUCUGGUCGAGCGGGCCCAGAAGGGCAUCGUACACUUCAAGGGUCAGAAUGGCAAGUACUGGCGUGUGGAUGGCGAAGGCAUUGCGGCCGACUCGGACGUACCGUGCGAUGGGUUCUUCAUCGAGCUGCGCGAACCGACGCGCAUCUGUCUGCGCUCGAGCGAUGGCCGCUACCUGGGCGCCACCAAGAAUGGCACGUUCAAGCUCGUCGACACCGGUUACGAUACGGCCACCCAGUGGGAAUACUAAAGGCCAGCAUCGGUCCAGUAGCUAUAGCCGUAACAGCAGCAACACUCAGCAGACAUCAGACUUUCCAAAUCUGAUCGGGAAGGUCGUCGAUUUGUGUUUUUUCUUCUUCUCUGUCUUUCUAUCCCGUCCCGAGUUAAAAAAAAAGAAAAAUAACAUACAAUUGUAGCAGUGCUUCUCCCUUCCUUUCCUCAGUCAACGAAGAAUAAGGGAGCCAGUAGUGUGGUUGGAUAGGAUGCCGGAUCCGUUUUAGGACAAGCCUCCACUGCCAUCGGUCGAAGCUUAUUUGACAGAAAGCGCUACGGAUAUUUACGAUAUUUAUUCAAACAUUUGCUUGUGCGCGUGCGUGUGUGUGCCAGCGUAAAAUGCAAUUAAAUCUCUAUUAUCUACAUAAAACGCAUAGGCACCCACGCAUGCACACAUAUACUAUAGCAGGUGUAGUAAGUAAAACACAAUCGCACGGCAUGAUGAUAACAUCAGAAAUCAGGGAGGAACCGAAGCGAACGAUACACACCUUACACUCAUUUAGCCCUAGUAGUAUAUUGAUACGUAUUAUAUGCGACCAGCCAGGGAGAGACCAACAGCAUACACACACGCACAUACCCACGCAAGCAACCCACUGCUGUGACACUUACUUCAGUCCAACCGUAGAAUGUAGUGCUCCAAAAACAGCUCGAAAGCAGCUCGAAGAACCAAUCUUCCCAAGAAACUGUGCAUUUGUGUGGGUGUGAAUGUGUGUGUGUGUGUGUCUCCUUGUAUGGAUACGAUUGCAAGAAGGAAAAAGUAAGCAAACCUUUGUAUUUAUUUAAAAAGUGAAACUUAAAAAUGAACCACUGCAGUAACCCAGAGUAUAGCACGAACGGGGAAGAAGGAGGAGGAUUCUCGUGUAUCGAGGAAAAUUUAGUUUUUUUUUAUAACUCUAUUGCUAUACAUAUAUUAUAUACAUACACACACACAACACACACUCGAAUAUAUUUAAUACUUACCCUCAAAAUCUGUAAGCGAGGACAGUCGUCCUGCAACAGGGAAGGGUGAAGUGUUUUUUGUGAACAAGCGAAAAGAAACAUAAACGAUCCCAAAAGCUUCAAUCAGGUUUAAACGAAAAAGAAAGAUAUGUGAAGAAAUGCUAGUUUAUAGCAAAUGAAGAAUGUGAACAUGUCCAGAAUGGAAAAAAAAACAGAAAAGCAAUGUGCGGAGCAGCAAGGUAGUAAGAGCAGGGAUGUGAGAAGUGAUAAAACCAUUUUUUUUUGCUAAACGUGUUUCUAUGUACCAGCGAGAUACCGAACGUCAAACUUUAACGUUUAACGACCCCCCGCUCACCGAACUAUCGCUAGGGGACACACGCAUGCCCGCCUGUGACACAAGUGCCACUGGUGCAAUAACUCCACUAUAGAGCCUACUCCUCAGUCGGAUUCUGCAAUGGACGAAUGGAAGAUUUAUAUUUGCUAACGGGGAAGAGUAAAAGACAACUUGGAUGAAAACAAUGAACAAAUCUUGUGACAGUCGGAGUACGCACGCGUGUGUCUCGCAAUGCUUGGGUACGGUGUGCGUGGGUGUAUUUAUGGUAAACGGAUUAAUAAGAGUAUGACGGGACAGCAGCAACACAGAAUCAUUAAGACAUCAUCAUUAAUCAAUAAAAAAACAAGUCAAAACCAAAA